CAAUAUAAAACAACACACCAGAAAACACUGAAGGCUUUAGAUUAGUAGUGUAUGUAAAUCUUCUUAUAAGUAAAAAUGGAUUAUUUACAAAUAUCAGAUGGUCAAUACACGAAAACAAUUUAUACAAUGAUAAAGGAAACAAGAUAUGACGACGCUAUAAAAGCUCUCAACGACGCUAUGAACUUCAACCCAAACAGAGUUGGGUUAUCUCUACUUGGUUAUUGUUACUUCAGAACACAAUCUUUUGUGGAAGCAGCAAAUUGCUACGAACAACUUUCGGCUAUGCACCCAGACGUGCCUGAAUACAGGCUUUAUUUCGCUCAAGCUCUAUACGAAGCUUCAAUGUUUGAAGAGGCAUACAAAGUGACCAUGCAAAUAACCUCACCAGAACUGGAAAGGAAUGUCACCAAACUACAAUCUGCUAUUAAAUACGGCGAAGAAGAUAAUAUAUCUGCCAAAAGUCUCGUUGAUUCGUAUCCUCAAGAUGACCCUGAUAAAGAUAUUAAUCUAGGAUGUUUACUAUAUAAAGAAAACCAGUACGAUGAAGCGCUGCAAAAAUUCUCAAAAAGUUUGAACAUUUUGGGCUUCAAUGCUCAUCUUCAUUAUAACGUAGCGCUAUGCUACUUUAGACUAAAAGAAUAUCCUCAAGCAUUAAAACACAUCACUCUGGUAAUCGAAAGAGGAAUCCGGGAUCAUCCAGAAUUAGCAGUUGGAAUGCAGUCUGAUAUCUCUGAAGUAAAAUCAGUCGGAAAUACAUUGACGCUUCACGAAACGGCACUGACAGAAGUAUUUAAUCUGAAGGCUGCUAUAGAAUAUCAAUUGAAAAACAUUGAAUCAGCAAGAGAAGCUUUAUCGGAUAUGCCUCCACGACAUGAGCAUGAAUUGGAUGCAGUAACCUUGCAUAAUUUAGCUCUUACCUCCAUUGAUAUGAAACCAACUGACGGUUUCGAAAAAUUACAUUUUUUACUUCAACAAGAUCCUUUCCCACCUGAAACAUUUGCAAAUUUGCUACUGUUGUACUGUAAAUUUGAAUAUUACGAUCUAGCUGCAGAUAUUUUAGCAGAAAACGCGCAGUUUACGUACAAAUAUUUAACACCAUAUCUCUACGACUUUUUGGAUGCAAUAAUUACAAGCCAAACUUCCCCGGAAGAAGCUUUUCAGAAGUAUGAAGAUAUUGCAUCUAAGCAUGCAGAACAUUUAAGAAAACUCACAAAAGUAGUUCAAGAAAGUCGUUCUCAAGGUGACAAUGAUCAGGUCAAGAAGGCAGUAGUUGAAUAUGAAGAGGCCUUAGAAAGAUACAUUCCCGUCGUAAUGGCCCAAGCAAAAAUUUACUGGGACAAGGAAAAUUAUGGACAGGUUGAGAAAAUAUUUCGCAAAUCGGUCGAAUUCUGCAAUGAAUCUGACGUAUGGCGCUUAAACGUAGCGCAUGUACUAUUUAUGCAAGAGAACAAAUACAAAGAAGCAGCCAGUUUCUAUGAACCAAUCGUCAAGAAACAGUACGACAACAUUUUAGAAAUAAGCGCUGUUGUUUUAGCCAAUCUGUGUGUAUCUUACAUAAUGACUUCUCAAAAUGAGGAAGCCGAGGAUAUCAUGAGGAAGAUAGAGAAAGAAGAAGAACAACAGAUAUUUGAGGAUCCACAGAAAAAGUUCUACCACUUGUGUAUUGUUAAUUUGGUGAUCGGCACUUUGUAUUGUGCUAAGGGAAAUUACGAAUUUGGUAUAUCGCGUGUAAUAAAAUCUCUGGAGCCUUUUAACAAGCGUCUCGGUACUGACACUUGGUUUUAUGCAAAAAGGUGUUUCUUGUCGUUUUUGGAAAAUCUCGCCAAGCAUUUGAUCGUUGUUAAGGACAACACAAUAAAGGAGUGCUUACAAUUUCUUGAAGGAUGUGAGACAUAUGGCAGACGGGUAUCCACAGUGAUAGAAACCCCAUUUCAAGAAGAAGACGCAAACAACAAAGCAAAGCAAACUGUGACAUAUGAAGCUAGACUUUUACGUUACAUGUUUUAUAAACUACGAAGCAUUGACGAUUCAGUCACUAUUAAUAAGUAUGAAGAUUUAAAAUAAGAUCCUCACCUGGUGCAAUAUCUCUUUUCUGUUUGCCAGCCGGUUUUCUUGCAUCCUUAUGUUUUAAUACAAAUGGUCUUUCUUGGCCAAAAGAGAUUGAAGCUAUGGGCAUCGUGGGAUCUAAAUCAGGUUCAUUGUCCCUAUGUUCACCCAUAUGGUCUGUACCGCUCCUAUAUCUAUGUAU